AUGCGGUUCUUUCUGGGCCUCGUCGCCCUGGCCUGCGCCACAGCUCUCGCUGCCCCGUCCACUCGUAUCACCCAUGUUCUGCACGAACGACGCGCGAUAGAGCCCAGCGAAGACUGGGAAAUAACUGGCAGAGUCGAAGGAUCCCGCGUGCUUCCUCUCCGUAUCGGACUGACCCAGUCCAACCUCCACGAACUCGAGAGCCUGCUCAUGGACGUCUCGCACCCGGAAUCGUCUCUCUAUGGGCAGCACUGGUCAGCCAAACAGGUCGCGGAUCACUUUGCACCGAGCGAUGAGGCGAUUUCGGCUGUGCGUGCUUGGCUGAAUGACGCCGGCUUCGACGAGGAGAGGAUGAAGUUGUCGCAUAGCAAGGGAUGGGUGGAAGUUAAUGCGACGGUUUCUGAGGUGGAGGAGCUGCUUCAGACGGAAUAUAACGUCUACACGCAUACCUCAGGUGACGAGCAGAUCGGAUGUCACUCGUACUCGGUCCCCGAACACGUUCGCGAGCACAUCGACCUCAUUAAACCUACAGUCCACUUCAACCACCGCAUCGGCCAAGUCCCUCCAGGCUCUCGUCGCCGCAAGCGCGUCGAAAACCGUCUGGGUAUGCCAUCGAGCAACACCGGUCCGAAGACGAACGGGCAGAAAGUCACGAUCACCCCCGUGCUAGAGAAUUGCGAUGAAAACAUCACGCCGGAUUGUUUAAGGGCUUUGUACUCUGUGAAUUACACCCCGGUCGCUACGGAUAUCAAUUCGUAUGGUAUAGUUGAGUUCACCCCACAGGCCUUCUUGGCCGAUGAUUUGGAUCUGUUCUUCGCCAACUUCUCCCCGAGCCAAAUCGGAACGCGUCCCAACUUGAUUUCCAUCGAUGGUGGCACUGCACAGACGCAGGACCAGAGCUUCGACUUCAACGGCGAGAGUGAUCUGGAUUUGGAGUACGCGUUCGCGCUCACGAAUCCUCAGCCCCUCACGUUGUUGCAGACGGGAGAUAUUCCGGAAGGUGCAUCUUUCAAUAACUGGCUCGAUGCUGUCGAUGCGUCGUUUUGUACAUUCGAGGGCGGCGAUGAUCCUACUCAGGACGGGAUAUACCCGGACCCUCUCCCAGGCGGUUUCAAAGGACCAGAAUCCUGUGGGAUCAUCUCUCCGCCGAACGUCGUCUCCGUUUCGUACGGUCAAGACGAAGCCUCCGUCACCGCAGCCUACGCGAACCGACAGUGCGCAGAGUACGGCAAACUCGGCAUGCUGGGGACCACCGUUCUCUAUUCAAGUGGGGACGACGGUGUCGCGGGCGGCGGCGGCGUAUGUCUUACUGCGAACGGUACACCUUCCACGAGGGGAACUCGGUUCAGUCCUGGAUUCCCCGUGACCUGUCCGUUUAUCACCGCUGUGGGCGCCACGCAGGUGAACCCUGGUAGCACCGUGAACGAUCCCGAGGGCGCAUGCGAACAGGUAAUCUUCAGUGGAGGCGGGUUCAGCAAUAUCUUCCCGAUGCCGUCGUACCAAGCCGCAGCCGUAACGAACUUCUUGACGAAUCACCCCCCGCCGUUCACGGCCGCGCAAUUCAACAACAGUGGCACUGUCCGAGCGUUCCCUGAUUUGUCUGCGAAUGGAGCCAACUAUGUCAUCGGUAUCGACGGCGAAUUCGAGCUCGUCUUUGGAACCUCGGCCUCUUCACCCGUCGUAGGCUCCCUGAUCACGCUCAUAAACGACGCGCGUCUCGCAGCCGGGAAAGGACCCGUCGGCUUCAUUAACCCUGCGAUUUACUCGUCCGACUUCGCGGCUGGGUUCAACGAUAUCACUAUGGGCGGGAAUCAAGGAUGUGGUACGUCUCCUCGCUCUCUUUAA